AUGUCCUCCAUACGCAGCAAAUUAUCCCUCACACUCAGCUAUGCGGUGCUUCUUGCAGGCGGGUUUGCGCUCAACGUGGUGUUCCACAUCCAAUUGCCGCCAGAUCUGGCAAAGGGCGGCCACAUCCAGUUUUUGACCAACCUUGCUAUGAUCGUGACCCUUUUCUACUUCUCGCUAAAUGCGGUCCACCAGCUGUUUGAGAUCUCGUCCCUCGCGUACGCGCGCCAGUUCAUCAACUCCAUGGCCAUUUCCGUCGAAUUUAUCGUCUCUUUCGUCUACUGGGGGCUCCGGCUCGUUAGUAGAGACCUGAUCCUCAAGGGCCCCGGUGUCCCACUGUGGCUGGACCUGUUGAUCCACGCCAUGCCGUUCGCAUCGCUGCUCACAGACUAUUUCUUCUUCAUGGACCCCUGGACGGUCUCGAAAAAAGAGGCCCUGGUCACAACGUUUCUGCUGGCCAACGGGUACUGGUUCCUUCUGGACAGAGUGGUUCCCGCCGAGGGCCGGUUCCCGUACCCGUUCCUCGACGUGGACAACUUCCACCGGGCCAUCAUCUUCUCCGUCCCCCCUCUGGACGCCAAGUUCCUGGCCCUGAUAGACAACCCUGCCAACGUCCAGUCGGAAUCCACUCACUACUCUUCUCUCCAUCCCGACAACUGGCCCAUCGACCUGUCCCAGUACCACGACCAGUACGUCGUCAGAGUGCACGCAGACACAAAACAGCAGCUGGACGGCCUUCUGCUUGCCGCACACGAGCAAAACGUGUCUAUUUGGGAGUCUUCUCGCACCAAACUGUUUAUUGACUUGUUGGUUUCCAGGGACUCUGGCUCGCAGUAUUUGCAAACAAUACAAACAAGAUUGCCCGGCAGCUCGCUGGACUUGUCGCUGGUGGUUCACGACCUCCCACAGGCGGUGUUUGAGACAUUCCCGGCCGCAGACGACCUGGACGAAGAACAGGAUAAUGACAUUACUGUACAGACGGAACUGUUCUUCAAACGCUAUAGAGACCUCAACACAAUUUAUCAAUGGUUUGACCUGCUUGUCGACACGUACCCGGACUUACUGACAGUGGAGUGGAUUGGCCAGACUUUCGAAGGAAGAGACAUCAAGGCUCUUAGACUGACUGCACAUAAAGACAACCCGUCCGUGACAGAGCCUUUGAAGACCCUGGUCAUCACAAGCGGCAUCCACGCAAGAGAAUGGAUCAGUGUGUCCACGUCGUGCUACAUUUUGUUCAAGCUGCUGCAGGACUUUGAUAGCGGCAAGAAGAAGGCCAAGAAGUUUCUGAACAACAUGGACUUUUUGUUCCUGCCUGUGAUGAACCCGGACGGGUACGAGCACACGUGGUCGUCUGACCGUCUGUGGCGCAAAAACAAACAGGAGACGUACAACGCUGCGUGUUUUGGGAUCGACAUCGACCACUCGUUCAACUUCCACUUCACCAGGAGCGACGAGUCGCCGUGCGGCGAGGACUAUCCUGGCGAGGGAGCGUUUGAGAGUCUCGAAAGCAACGCCUGGGACAAUUACCUGAACCAGACCAAACACGAUCACCCAAUCUACGGGUACAUCGACCUCCAUUCGUACGCAGAGGAGAUUUUGUAUCCGUACGCGUUCACCUGCUCCGAGACCCCGCGCGACGAGGAGAACCUGAUUGAGCUCGCUUACGGACUGAGCCAGUCGAUCAGACUGUCCACGGGCAAAUCGUACACUGUUCUGUCGGCGUGCGAAGAUAAAGGGUCCGACCUGCUACCGUCCAUGGGGGCCGGGUCUGCACUGGAUUACAUGUAUCACAACAAGGCCUACUGGGCGUUUGUGCUCAAGCUAAGAGACACAGGCAGUCACGGCUUUUUGCUCCCGCCAAAAUACAUCGUCCCAGUGGGGAAGGAGAUCUACUCGUCCAUCAAAAGCUCUUCGUCGUGGGCCAUCCAGAGCAUCGAGCCGUGCGUGAACUUAGACUGGUCGCUCGACCAGAACGAAGGGUAUUUGGACGGCAGCCAGGUGUCGAGAUGGGCGUCGAAGUGGAUAACUGCCACCUUUCCGUACACCUUGUGGAGGGCCCGCAGGUGGGGGAGCAAAAUGGAGUGGUCCCCACCCAGAGCCACGAGUUUGGGUGGUCCUGUGCCGUCGACUGCGUUCUUGCGUCUGAGCAGCAGUUCCUCAAACGCCUGCGUCAUCUGGUCGAGCGCAAGCUUGUUGUCCAUCGGAGACACCGGGAUGUCGCCGCAGUCCAGCACCUUGGCCCAGUUCUGGUACGGGUUGAUGCCUGCCCUGGUGGUUGCCGUGUCGAACGGGACGCCAAUGACGCCGAUGUCAAAGUCCUCGUCCGGGUUGAGCAGACACCUGGUGUGGUUUAGGUGGGCGAACGUCUGGACCCCGGUGAAGGGCCACUCUUCACCCCACAGCUGGUCCAAGGUGGGCUCCGAGUUGGAGACGAACCUCAGCGGGUCCUGGAACGAGGAUGCGGAGGCAAUGGCCGCAAUGGCAGAAAGAGCGACAGAAAGUUUCAUUACCAAGAUGGUUUGA